UUCCCCGCGUGACACUGCUCCUCCGUGCGCGCGCCACGGCGAUCCGCGGCGGAGCGGCUGCGUCUUAACGCGCACACGUCGGACUUUGGCGGAGAAAAGCCUCCCGUCGUUUCCGGACACUUUGUGGCCACUUUACCUCCUGAAUCCGGACUGAGAGCUCGUCCUGAGGAUGGCACCAAACUAGAAUCCGGAUCGAGGGUGUUUGAGUGGAUUAAUCUGUGGGAUCGGGUGUUCCUGUCCGUGUGUGGUUGUGUCCAUCCGUCCAGCUCUAUGUUUGUAGGUGAUUUGUGUUAAAAUGCAUCACCAGCAGCGGAUGGCAGCUUUGGGAACAGACAAGGAGCUCAGUGACUUACUGGAUUUCAGCGCGAUGCGAAACAGCGAUUUGAAAAUGUUCCCCACAUCCAUGAUGUUUUCCCCUCCUGUUAGCAGCGGAAAGAACGGACCGACUUCCCUGGGGAGUGGACAUUUCUCCAGCACAAGUACGUCAGCUUCCUCCUCGGCCACUUCUCCACCCUCCUUCCUCCUCUUUUCUCCUCCUCGCUGCUCUUACACCUGCUCGCUGCUGUUUGAAUUUUCCUGGAUGAUGAUGCGUGCGUGCAGAUGCACUUUUGUUUUGUGGAUUCAGUUUUAUUUUGAGAACUGCUGA